CUUUACUGUUUUUUAUUAUUUUAUUAUUAUGCUCUGCUCUAUUCUAUUUUUCACAGUUUCUCUCCCUGCCGCUAUUAUUUCCUACCUUUACUCCUCCUCUUCUUCUAUCGCUUUGUUUUCCUUCACUGUUGAACCCGUCACCCCCAAAAUCACUGAUCUCAUAGUGUAUGUACCUCCUUCCGAGAUCCUCUUUCCUUCUCCUCCACCUUCUCCAUCCAUCACCGUAGAUCAUAUGAUCUAUGACGCGCCUACAAGAAUCCUUCUUCUUCCUUCUUCUCCUCCUCCUCCUCCUGCUGCUGCCCAUGUCGACCCCUUUUGGACCUUCCACCUGGUGGCUUGUUCCUUCUUCCUCACCGCCAUGGUACAAUUGUCUUCAUCUCUCGCCGCUUCAUCUCCUUCUCUUCCUGCCUCCCCCGACGUGGUUGUGGCUCCCUCUUCUUCUUCUUCCCACUGCCAUUCACCUGUUUUGUCCACUUCGGUCUUGGAACCCUCUCCCCCUGAGACGCCAUGGAUCCUUGUGGAACACAAGAAGAAGAAGAAAAAAAGAACGAAAAAAUCAUCAUCAUCCCAUUCUUCCGUGGUUCGUCCUUCCUCCUCCUCGUCCUCUGUGGUUCCUGCUUCUUCCUCCUCCUCUCCCGUGGUUCGUUCUUCCUCCUCCUCCUCGUCCUCUGUGGUUCCUGCUUCUUCCUCCUCCUCUCCCGUGGUUCGUUCUUCCUCCUCCUCCUCGUCCUCUGUGGUUCCUGCUUCUUCCUCCCAAGCCGCUAAUGAUCAAGAUGUGUUUUCUGGUUUCGACCGAAAUACUGAUCAUAUGCGGCUGAUACAAGAUCUUCUAGCAACCAAUUCCUCCCAAGUCGCUAGUGAUGAAGAUGUGUUCGCUGGUUUCGAUCGGGAUAAAGACCACAUGCAACUGAUUCAGGACCUGCUUCGCGUUUCUUCCUCCUCCUCUUCCGUGGUUCCUGUCUCUUCUUCCCCUGCUACUGAUGGUCAAGACCCAUUUGCCGAUUUCGACCGCAAUACCGACCAUAUGCAACUAAUCCAAGAUCUUUUGAAAAGCAAAAUGAUGAUCAAUAUUGAUGAUAAUAUUAUUACUUUCUAUGAAUCUGGUCCUCUUCACGAAAUGUUACCCAAACUACUCAACCGCCGCAAUCUGGAUGAUCUUCAUCGUGCUAUUCUUGAUCGUGAAUGCGUCAAGGUCGAAAAAAUCCUCAAGAAUUUCAAGAUCGUUGUCGUUCACCUUGGUGCUGAAAAACAAUUAAAAUACAAGAUCAAUCAAGGUGUCAAUCCUCUCAAAUACAAGAAUAACCCAUAA